AUCUCUUCUCAACAAUCACACACACAAACAAAUCUCUCUCUAAUCCUCUCUCUAGUUCCCCCUAAUUCUCAAACACUAGAUUUGUUCAAUGGCUCCCAAAGCAGCAGAGAAGAAGCCGGCCGAGAAGAAGCCCGCCGCCGAGAAAGCCCCGGCCGAGAAGAAGCCCAAGGCCGGCAAGAAGCUCCCCAAGGAAGCCGGCGCAGCCGCUACUGACAAGAAGAAGAAGAGAAGCAAGAAGAGCGUUGAGACCUACAAGAUCUACAUCUUCAAGGUGCUCAAGCAGGUUCACCCGGACAUUGGUAUCUCCAGCAAGGCCAUGGGGAUCAUGAACAGCUUCAUCAACGAUAUCUUCGAGAAGCUCGCCCAGGAGUCUUCCAAGCUGGCCAGGUACAACAAGAAGCCAACCAUCACUUCUCGCGAGAUUCAGACUGCUGUGAGGCUUGUUCUCCCUGGUGAAUUGGCCAAGCACGCUGUUUCGGAAGGCACCAAGGCGGUCACCAAAUUUACCAGCUCUUAAAUUUGCGUUUGUUGAAUGUCUAGAUUGUGUUCUGAAAGUGUUUGAUUAAAUGUCUAGGAGAUAGACUUAGGUCUUUGUUAUCUGUUUCUGAAGUUGUGUAACUAUCAUGGUUCUGGAUUAAUGAUAUAUAUGAUUUGAAGCUUGGA